AAUUUUUAUUGCUUUUUUAUUGUAAUCGUAAAAAUGUGUACUUCGUUUUAGCUAAUAUUGCGUAUUUGUACUGUGAGUGACAGUAAAAUAUUUAAUGUUGUUCUUGUUUAUCCAUGUGCCAAUUUUGUACAAUGCAAGUUGUGUAGAUAAUUAAGAUAAAUCAUAUAUUAUUCUAUAUAUGUAUAGAGACUUAAAAGAAAAAACUGAAUAUGCCCCAAACUGAAAGUUGUAAAGUUAAUAUUUACUUCACCAUGCUUGCUUUCCUAUAAUGUCUUAAUUCCUGCUUAAUUCCUUUGCAUUCGCAUUCGCACCAGAAUAAUUUAUAUUUCGUAUCACACACGCGCAUUCGAUCUAUUUUAAACAUGGAAGUUUUGACGUUUCUGCUAGAAUAACCUUAGAGUUAGAGUGUAACAAUUACCAGACGAAGAGUAACAUUCUACAUGUUAAUACGAUGAAUGUAGAAUUUAAUUAUGAAAUUAAAGAUACGUUGUACAAUGAUAUCGAUUAUACACUAAAAAUUAACAUUUAUGAGAGCUUAGGUACCGUAAAGUACCACUAGUGGCGAGUGACAUAAAUGCGCUCGGCUAUAAGCGUUAUUUUGUCGAGUCCGGUACCCGACAACAAAAUGUCUCAUCCUGAUUACGAGCAAACUGCUCACGAUCAUGCCGCGUUACUUUUACUUUUAAGACCUAUUGGCACACAAAUCAAACAGAAAACUGUUACUAGGUUAUGCGAAAGGAUCAUGAAGGCAGGGAGUAGAUUCACAGUGGCUGAUUCUACUGGUGGGACACGUGUGAUACUUGCACGAUUUGUUAGAGAACAUCCUGUUGAGAACAACGACUGGGGAGAUUUUCAAACCCACAGAAAGUUAUUGGGAUUAAUUACCUUUGGCAAAUAUGACAAUCAAGCAGAAUUGAAUGAAUUGUGCAGAAUCCACGAGAGCUUGAAAGUAAAAUACACUGCGACAUUGUAUGAUUCACGUGCUAUCUUCUUUGGUUCAUCACCAUCAAAUAAUGUACAUGAGCCACCAUCGCCUUUCAGUACACCAUCAAAUUUUAAAACUACUGCUGUGUUUUAUACUGAUGAGAUAUGUUCUGAUCUUGAGACUCAUGUCAUGGAAUGUCUCAAUUCUCUAUUCUGGAUUUUGGAAUCUAAAAGAUUAGAGAGGUCACGAGAGAAGAUAGACAGAGUUUCCCUUUUGUUAGCACCCUUUGAAAAAAAAGAUUUUAUAGGACUAGACCUUGAGUCAAGAAAUAAUAGAAAACGAUGUGUAGGGCGAAUGACAAAGCAUUUGGGUGAUCUUUGUCUACAAGCUGGACUUCCAGCAGAUGCUCUGAGUAAUUAUAAUUCUGCAGCUAGCGUAUUACAAACUGUAAAUGAUUGGCUGUGGUUAGGAGCAGCGUUCGAAGGUUUAUGUGCUGCAUCUGCCUUGGUACUUUAUCCAAAUAUGUGUCGAAGUCUUCCAUUGCAAAGAAAUUCUUCCCUUCAAGAAGGAAGUCCAGGUAAGCAGAGAAGAGGUUCACAAGCUGUGGUUAAUUUACCAUCACCUCCAGCUGUAGAUGUGGUGAAAAGCAACAUGCCACAUAUUUUGUUACCUGAGGAAAUAUCGAAAAAAUAUCGCGAGGCAAUAGUUCACUACAGUAAAUAUCAAUAUGCUGGAGUAAUUGAAACAGAAGCUAGUUUUAAAGCUACCAGAAUUUCAAUAGAGCAAAACUGCACCUUACAAGCUGCUUCAUAUUUGAGUAAUGUCAUACUUAUUAAUUUGUCACUAAGUGAGCAAGAAAAAAUCGAUCGAUUUACUACGCUAUCCGAUUUGUACACAAGCUUCGGUUUUGUACGAAAAGCAUCUUUCUGCUUGAGAUUAGCUGCGACAAGACACGUAUCCCAAAAUAAUCCUAAUCCAGAUUGGCAACAGUGUUAUAAUUUAAUGCUGCAAGCUACUUCUGGAUUUAAAUUGUCUCUCGAUCCUGUUGACAUGUCCCCCGAAAAUCAUAGAGGUUGGCCAGUUAUUCAAAUUCAGGUGAUAAACGAACUUGUUACCGCAGCCAAUCGUAUGGGUAAUCCAGCAUUGGCAACCAGACAUAUGACAUUUUUACUUCAAACCAUGUAUAAUUAUUUAACACCUAAUGAACGUAAAGAUACCGCUUUGCAACUUCAGAACGUUUCUCAGCAAUGCGAAGGCGCACCCGUACCUCUUGUUUUGGAUUCCGGUACGGUAAUACCACCUGCAAAUUUAACAAACAUUCCAAAAACGAAAUCUUUCGUCUUAAAAAAUAUGCAACCGCAUCUACAACCCCAAAAGAUCGAAAGGGUCAAAGAAGACCACGGCCCAUUUUUAUUUACGCCAAUUAAUUUUGGAUCAUUGGAAAGAAAAAAUAUAUCAAAAAGUAAAGUUGAUUACUUGUGGGUGGAGGGUGAUAUCUGUGAAGUAUCUAUGCAACUCAUUAAUCCCCUGCCUUUCGAACUUCACGUUUCUAACAUGAGACUUCUUACAAAUGGCGUAGUAUUUGAAUCGAUUCCAGAAAGUAUUACGUUACCCGCGGAAUCAGGUCCAAUCGCAGUUACAUUAGCGGGUAGACCUAAAGAAAUUGGCGAUUUAGAGAUUCUUGGUUUUAGUACCCAUACUUUAGGGGUAAAAUCGAACUGUAGAUUAAGAUACAUGGAAGGAAUGACUCACUCGCAAUAUACGGUCGAAGUGGUUCCAGCAUUGCCGAAAAUAGAUGUGGUUACAAGCUUACCUCAAACUGCGAGUUUUAGUUCUGGAGACAAUAUCGUAACUAGUGCAAGUAUAUCAUUGUAUGGCGGAGAAAGUGUCGAAUGUGUAGUAACAAUUACAAACAGUGGCCAAGUUCCUAUUGAAACAAUCGAACUAUCAGUACAAUCAACAUUAGACACAGUGACUGAAGAUAAAAUAUUCAAAUGGAGCGAUGAAAAUCUAAUGGCACAAUUGCCAUUGCAACCUGGCAAUAGCGCGAGUCUUACUUUGUAUUUAUACGCGGCCACAGAUUUUAUAGCGCCUACAACUCGUAACGAUAUUAGCAGCAGCACGUACCUAAGUCAACCGAGCAGUUUAAUGUCUCAUUCGGGACAUAGUUCAUUACCGUCUAGAUUAAGUUCUCCAUCUCAUACGAAGAGACAAUCCGAGUUAACUUCCUCGUUUAGGUCAGGUCUAAGUUCUCAUUCUGGACAUUCUUCCUUGCCAAGCUCGCGUUUGUCGAAGCUCGCUGUUCCAUUGCAUACUUCAAAUAUUACCGAAGGACAGUUAAAAAUAAAAUACUCAGGCGGUGCAGGCUUAACGACAGGUUAUUGUCGCAUUUCUUCUGUUUUUAUAACAAUGGAAAUGUUACCUAGCGUACAAAUUACAAAUUGGGAUGUACUUCCCGCAGAAACGCCAUCACAAUUUUAUCUUGUACUGGAUUUAACAAAUAUGUCCAAUCAUGAAAUGGAAUUGCAUUACACAGAAACUAAAUGUAUAUACAUGGAGGGUAAAGAAUCUUGUAGAAUUCCAGUACCAGUCGAUCGAUGCCCGCUUAAUAAAUUAUCUUUGUUAAAUGGAACUGGUGACAUCGGAGAACUACAAAAAGUUUGCUCGGAACACAUUGCUUCAUUAGUUGAUUUACGCUGGCAAUUGUUAGGCAAUGAAUCAACCGGUAAAGCAACACUUUCUGGGAUUACUCUCACCCAAGAUAUGUUAGAUCUUGUUAGGAUGAGUCCUUUGCAGUGGGAGAUAAAAAUAAACGAUACAAUUGUUAAAGCGCAAGAUGAACUUACAUGCUGUUUAGGGGAAUGUGUUUGUGUUGGAAUAGGUAUUUGCAACGCUUUGGAGCACCCAUUGAGUGACCUUAUGUUGUCUAUCAAUUUCUAUCAAGAUCAUCACAAUGGUGUUAAUAAUUAUCAAUUGGACACAAGAUUGUCAAUUGCUGGUGCAAAUAAAGUUGUGCUUCCAGCUUUACAAGAAUAUGGAAGAGUGUAUCAUGAGUGUCGUGUUGUAUUUUUCACAGCUGGACAAUAUAAAAUAGAUAUUCAAUGUAGUAGUAAAGAAUCGGCGCCAAAUACACCAGUAGUCUGUUCGGAAUUAAUGAAUGCUGGACAUACAUGGCGGUAUAUACCGCCGAUAGAAAUAACUGUUGAUGAUUACUAAAUGUAUAAUUUGUUAUAAUACUUGUAUACGCAAAAUUUAGAAAUAUUUACUUUUUUCCAUAUACUAUUA